AUGGACUACUUCAAGCGGGCGGCCUCUGCUGUCCUUUCUCAGGCUGGCGGACCAUUUCCAGGCUUCACAAUAGGGGAGAGGGAACCGUACCUAGAAGCACGCACAAUCUGGUCACUUCAUAGCGGCACAAAACGAGAGGACAAUUCUUCGUGCUCCAUCCUCAUCUUCGACUCCACCUUGCCUGCUCACAAUCCUCGAAGAAAUCUGCUACCACUUGCUAAAAAUGCUUGCAGGAAGUUCAGAACGAUGAGGCAUCCUGAUGUGCUCAAGUUUAUCGACAGCUUUGAGAACGAAAAAGCAGUGUAUAUCGCGGUGGAGAAGGUCAGGCCUUUGGGCAAAGCCAUAGAAGACCAGAGGAAUAGAGCAAAGGGCCGAGAAGAGUGGAUCGGCUGGGGGAUUAGGAGCGUCGCGGUGAGUGUAGACUUUCAUGGUGUGAGCGCACCUUUGUCUCUCGCGCGCCCGCAUCUGGCUCGCAUCUCGUUCUAAUUGUUCGUGCAUCUCGCUCUGGAACCAACACCUCGCACGCCGACACGCGGCAUCUCGUUGGUGUCCUCUCCAGACCGCUCUGCAAUUCAUCAACGAAUCAGCAGGCUCUACGCACGGCAAUGUCCGUCUAGACUCUAUCUUUCUUUCGGCAUCUGGAGAAUGGAGGCUAGGCGGGUUCGAAGUUCUGAGCUCGGUAAAGGAUGAGGGCGCCGUGUUGUACGUGAGUGUCUGAUCCUCGCAUCUUUCGCUUGGCUCGGUGUCACUCCCAUUUUCGGUUGCCUGUCUGUCAGUGCCGCGCUCAACGUCACACCCUUCGAACAGAACUACGGUGGACUGCUACCUGAUGCGUCGCGUUUUGCUCCUCCUGAGGUCAAGCAAGGAGGCUGGGGUCCUUUACGAGAGUGAGCACCUCAGGUCACCCAAUCAUUGGGCAUAUUAGUGUGACGCCUGAAGGUAUGCUGAUGCAUAGUAUGCAAUUCUCUCGCAGACUUGAGACGCACGCGCUGGACUCUUACUCCUUCGCGCUUCUUAUUCUGGAAGCAUAUAAUGGGUCUUUACCCCCAAUCACCGGCUCUUCCGUACCGCCAGCAGGAAGAGUGCCGCCUCAGAUGUACACCCUAGUGAAGCGUAUGAUGGUCCCCAAUGCUAAAGCCAGAGGUACCUCUGGACAACUCCUUGCUGCCGGAGAAACUCCAGGAGGAUUCUUUGCUGAGAAUAGACUGGUCAAGGUCGCUAUUGGCUUAGAUGGCUUCGUGCUCGCGAGAGAAGAAGAGCGAGCAGAGGUGAUGAGGUGAGACGUAGUAGCAGCUUUGUGCUAACUUUACAGUCACCUUGUCUCCGCUCACGCUGUGUCUUGCCCCCCUCUCCUAAUCCACCCCCUGUCGCAGGCAACUGAAAUCACACUCCGACUCUUUUCCGCCAGAGUUCACUCAGUACAAAGUUCUGCCAGCUCUUGUUCAUGCCCUUUCUUUGGCGUCCAGUGGGCAACAUGCGGGGUCAUCGACGAUUCAAGCUACCAAGAUUCUACCGCUCGUGCUGCAGCUAGGCUCAGCGCUCACGGAUGUAGAGUGGAACAAUAGCCUGACAGCUCCCAUUCUGGCAGCUUACAAAAGUCCUGAUCGAGGCGUGCGCAUGGCUCUUUUGGAGAACUUGGAGCUGUACUCAGAGAGACUGGAACCGAAGAGAAUUGUCGAUGGGGUGUGGCCUAACCUCAUCACAGGCUUCUCGGACUCUGCAGCUGCUAUUAGGGAGGCAACGGUGAAGGCGAUCUUACCUUUGGCUCCGAAGCUCAGCGAGCGAAUCCUCAACAAUGACCUGCUAAGGCAGCUGGCAAAGACUCAGGUAGAUCCCGAAGCCGGCAUCAGGACCAACACCACCAUUCUUUUGGGCAGACUUUCACCUAGUUUGUCCCUCAACACGCGGCGAAAGGUGCUCGUGCCUGCGUUUUCAAGGAGUCUCAAGGACCCCUUCUUGCACGCCAGGAUGGCUGGUCUCAUGGCUUUGAUGGCUACCGGAGAAAGCUAUGAGAGAGACGACAUGGCUCGUCUGAUAGUGCCAGCGAUUGCGCCGUGUUUAGUCGACCAAGAAAAAGUGGUGCGAGAUCAGGCCAAGCAAGGUGUGAACAUGUUUCUUAAGCGCAUCGAGGCAGAAGUUGCCUCGAUGCCCGACACCGUUCUGCCUCCUGCCAACGACGAGGUAGGCUUUGGGGCUGGAAACAGCUCCGCCUCGAGCGCCUCGACCUCUCCGAUGCCGUUUGCCAAGCCUCCCGAAGGCUUCGCCUCAACGGCAGGAGGCGCCGCGUCUGCGCUUGCUGGCUGGACCAUGUCUGCGUUCGCCAAACAGAUCGACCCGAGCGGAUUGAACGCGACUUCGAUGGAUAAUCAGCUCCCUCCACCGCGUGGUGCCUCGCCCGCCCUAUCAGCCGUCGCGUCGAGCAGCUCCAAGCUCGGCUUCGACACUGCCCACUCCAAGCAGCCCCCGGUAGGCACGAAUGCAGCCAAAGCACAAGCGCAAAGAUCCUACUCUGGCUCUUCGUAUGGCACAACGUCCUCUUCCACUUUCGCACCCGUCGGGGACGAUCAAGCAGACGCUGCUGCAGCUGUUGGUUGGGGAGCGGGAGAGGAUCUGAUCGACGUGAAUGAUGACGCCGGAGAUUGGUCCAGCUUCGAAGUUGGCGUCAAAAAGCCUACGGAAGUGCCGAGGAGAAAGUUGGGGCCGCAACGAGGCAGACCCAAGGCUUCUGCUAGUGCGACUACGAUUGGGAGCAGAUUAGGUACUGUUCGGCCCGCUCCUAGCGCAACUUCGGCACUAAAGACAAGUCUGACUGUCAAGGACGCAUGUGAGUGCCAGGCGCCAACGUCGCCAUGUGCGCUAAGUCUAUCGCUGAUCUCGUUUGUGUCGCGAAACCAGUCGAGGAUGAGGACGCGUGGGGCGAUCCGGCGGACAGCACCCCAAGUCAAGCAGUGCUGCCAAGCACCGAUGGGGCUUCCGGCUCCAAGACCAACUUGACUUCCUCCACAGCCAGUCUGGCCUCGGGCGCUUCUACCCCAUCGACAAACGCAGCGACUGCAGCUGCGGCUGCGGCCUUUUCCGCUCCCCUGCCCGGUGCGCUCGACCCAAAGAGCGCUAACGAGACCAAUGAACCAGCAGAAGAUAGUUGGGGAGGUAUCGAUGACGCGCCGAACGAGACGCCUGGUGAUCAGACGAAUCAGAAUCCAGGCGAGCAAGCCCAAGCGGCUCCGCUCAGUAAAGACGAAAAGCGAGCGGAAAUGGAGAGACAACGGCAGGAGAGAAGAGCGGUGAGUCAUUCCGUUUUCCUUCGAAUUAGCAAACGACUCCGAUCGCAGGAAUGGGCGAUCGGCAGCUCUUUCCCGAAAUUUGCCUGAUUGCAAUUCUUUCCUUCACAGAGAAUGGCGGCGCUGAAAGAAUCAAGAGCGCAGAAGCUCGGUGCUAGGCUUACAUGA